AUGAGCUUCUAUGACGUUGCAUCGAUGUUUGGUAACGAAAUUUCAAGCCUCGUUCCAACAAAUCGAACAAAUCUGCUCGUGCUUCAUGCUCACCGUCGGGUGAAGAUCUUUCUGAACCGGCCUCUACCACCGAAACCGCCUGACCCACCGGACCUUCCGGAUCCUUAUCUACAUCUGGAACCCACCAGAUCCAUAUCUCUCGGUAUUUCGCCUCCGUCAAUUUUAAUCCCUUUGCUUCCCUUGUUGUGGUCGCAAGCCUUGCAGCUUCGACGACUUUUCCCAGAUGUUAUCGUCGCCGACACUUAG